AGGUUUCUACUGCUCUCUACACUCUUCAUAUUACCUCACUAGCCAUACUUCUUCCAACUAUAUAUAUCUCCCCACACCUCUCCUUUUUUUCUAUGAACCAUCAAAAGCUUUAAGAGAAGUUUUUCUUUCAAAACCACCAUGAAAAUCCACCUUCUUUCUCUUGUUUUUCUCUUGUUUUCCCUAGCCCUGGGAUUGAACUUGAACCCCAAGUGUAACCUCCAAGAUCAAGGCUCAACCCUUCAAGUCUUUCAUGUUUAUAGUCCAUGCUCCCCAUUUAGGCCAUCAACACCGCUCUCAUGGGAGGAGAGUGUGCUCCAAAUGCAAGCCAAGGACCAAGCUAGGCUUCAAUAUUUGUCAAGCUUGGUUGCUGGGAAAUCUGUGGUUCCAAUUGCCUCAGGCAGGCAGAUUAUUCAGAGCCCAACUUAUAUUGUUAGGGCUAAGAUUGGAACGCCAGCUCAGACCAUGCUCUUAGCCAUGGAUACAAGUAAUGAUGUUGCUUGGAUUCCUUGCAGUGGCUGUGUUGGGUGUUCUUCAGCAGCUUUCAACUCUGCAAAAUCUACUACCUUCAAAACCCUUGGCUGCCAAGCUGCUCAGUGCAAGCAGGUACCCAACCCCACCUGCGGUGGCAGAGCAUGCACAUUCAACAUGACCUACGGCAGCUCCUCCAUAGCAGCAAAUCUCUCGCAGGACAAUAUCACUCUAGCCACCGAUUCUGUCCCCGGCUACACCUUUGGUUGCAUUACAAAAGCCACAGGCAUCUCAACGCCUCCCCAGGGGCUUCUGGGCUUGGGCAGAGGACCACUGUCUCUCUUGUCUCAAUCCCAAAAACUUUACAAGUCCACUUUCUCUUAUUGCCUUCCUAGCUUUAGGUCUCUAAACUUUUCUGGGUCAUUGAGGCUUGGACCCAUUGGGCAGCCCAAGAGGAUUAAGACUACACCAUUGCUCAAAAACCCUAGGAGAUCAUCACUUUACUAUGUUAACUUGGUUGCAAUUAGGGUCGGAAGAAGAGUUGUUGACAUUCCUCCUAGUGCUUUGGCUUUCAAUCCAACCACCGGUGCUGGGACCAUCUUUGAUUCCGGAACUGUGUUCACCAGGCUAGUCGCUCCAGUCUACACGGCAGUUCGGGAUGCAUUCCGGAGGCGAGUCGGCAUUGCAACGGUGACAUCCCUAGGCGGAUUCGACACAUGUUACUCGGGACCAAUAGCAGCACCCACCAUAACAUUCAUGUUCACAGGCAUGAACGUGACAUUGGCACCGGAAAACCUACUAAUCCACAGCACAGCAGGGAGCAUCACAUGCCUAGCCAUGGCUGCGGCACCAGAUAAUGUGAAUUCGGUGCUUAAUGUGAUAGCGAAUAUGCAACAACAAAACCAUAGGAUACUUUAUGAUGUGCCAAAUUCAAGGCUUGGAGUGGCUCGAGAGCAAUGCACAUGAUUUUGCUGAGUUUUCAAGUGGUCACCUUUGUAUCUUUUGGUCAUCAUACGUAAGUAGGUGUUGUUAGAUAUGUGUCUUGUGAUGUUAAGUUGUCUUUUUUGGAUUGUCGAAGGAGAUUGAAUGAGAUAAAAUUGAAGUCGCUAGAUAGUUAUGUUGCUUUCUCUCUCUCUCUCUCUCUCUCUCUCUUUUUAAAAAAAAAACUUUUCUUUGUAUCCCUUGGGGAAGUAUGAAGUCACGGGUUUCCUGUACUGGAUUUUGUCUUUUUGAAGUCGAUUAUCUGCUCCAAAAA